AUGGGCGGUGUUGCGUACGGUGGAAACUGGAAGGAGGAAUGGGCAACUGCAAGUGGCGUUGGUCGAAGGCUACGGUAUCGUGUGCGACGGAAAAUCGGAAGGGGUGCAACUGAAGGGGUGCCCCGUUCUGGAUUUGAUGGUAUAGGGGACUUCUUUAGAGAUGUUAAAGGAGAAUUUCAGAAUUGGGAAGCGAGUGCUGCUUCAGUACAAGGAAAGCCAAAGAGCCUGUGGGAAGAAUUGGCAGAAAUUGGAGAAGAAUUUGUGGAAUUUCUUGAGAAAGAACUCAACAUAACUGAUGAAGACGCUGAAUCAUAUAACAGUAAUGGACCUCAGACAGGCAGUUCUUUUAGAACAUCUGGGACAGAUAGAACGGGAAGUGGCAGUGAAAAUAAAGCUGGCAAGGGAAGCAGCAUUGAGGAGAAUAUUGAUGAUAUAGAAGCUGUUCUUGCUCAAUUGAAAAAAGAAUUGGGUGGGUUUAUGGGAGGGGAAUGCCAUCUCUGCAGUAAAGCUGAUGACAUAGAAGCUAGUCUUGCCAAACCCCAAAAAAUGCCAAGAAUAUUUUUUAAUAUUUCGGAUCAAUGUAGAACUUUAAAAAAAAAAAUGAAGAUGGACAUUGAUAAUGCAUAA